GAAGUUGAGCCAAAUUGCCAAUUUACCGGAAAAGAUCCUCGUUUGUGAUGUUCAAAAAGCUCCUAAAUCGCGGGGCUCAGCCCACUUCACCCCAGACGCCUCCUGCCAGACCACCGGGGCAGACUCCCAGUCAGGAGGAACAACAGGGGUUCAUAUGUCCGAUGUGUCAUAUGUCCCUCGAGUCUGCAGACGCCCUUCAGGCUCACUUCAAAAAUCAUGACUCGGACACUGACCAACUGGAGAAGGGUUUCAUCUGUCCUAUGUGCAUGUCAUCGUUGUCUUCUGCUGAAGCGUUACAGAAUCAUUACGAGAGAAAUCACGACCCGUCGAUCACGUCAGCCAAUCGGGACGGAGAUGUGUUGGCCCUACGCCAAGAGCUGGACGAUCUUCGAACAUCACUGAAGGACGCUAAUAUGGCUUUGGAGGAAGAGAAGUGGUACUCCACCGAGUUGAAGAAGGAAUUUGAGAAAAUGAAAGACGAGAAGGGAUCUGAUGAAGCAGGGAAAGGUGACGCUGACCAGGAGAUAGACCUGUUGAAGCAGCAGCUGAAGGCAUCAGAGGAGAGCAGGUCGCUGCUCUCCUCAGAGAUUAUGCUCCUCAGAAAACAGUAUGCGGAACUGAUGGAGUCCAACUCGACCAUGAAACAAGACAAGGACAGGCUCGAACAGAAAGCCGCCCAGUUGUCGUUAGAUAUUGUAUCGUCGAAAGCCAAGGCGGAUGAAGCGGAGGGUCAAAAGGCAGGAAUUGAGGAACAUGUCAUGAGCUAUCGGCAGGAGUUGGCGGACAAGUCUAAACAGAUUAAUGAUUUGGAGACGCAGUUAGCUCAGAGGCCGUCAGUCGACGAUGUCAACGUCCUGAAAGAAGAACUUGUUCAAGUUCAGACGUUGAUGGACAAACUAGCACAAGAGAAAGAAGCAGAGGUCGCCCAACUCAAGGAACAGAAUACGACUGUUGGCACCGAGCUACGCGAAGCCGAGAGACUUGUCGUGGAACUCCAGGCCAAGGUGGAUCUUGCGCCCAAGCUUGACGAUAUGAAAAACCUGCAGGACUCACUCUCGGCGAGCUCUGAACAACUUGUACAACAACUCGAGCAGAAGCAGCAAAGUAUAUUGUCGCUGACUGAGGAUCUGAAUAAGACCAAAUUCAACUUGGAUCAACUCACAGCAGAGUUGAGGUCCUCUCAGGAAGACGGCGAGAAUCUGAAAUCGGAGCUGGAGUCAAAAGGUCUCGAGCUUAACGGAGUGAGCGCGGAGUUGGUGGAUCAGACCUUGACGUGUAAGGAGCUACAGGAGGAGCUUAAUAAGGUUCAGGGGCAGCUACAACAGAGAGAGACAUCUUUGAGCAGCUUGGAGAAGAGUCUAGGAGAAUCUAAACAAUCGGCUCAGUCGGAGCUUUACGAGAGAGAGCAGCAGUUCACAGCGUUAAAACUAGAGCUCGAUACUAUGGGCAAUACUCUUAAAACCAAAGAGGCAGCACUGUCUGAGAGCAGCAAGGGGGUUCAGGACUUACAGGAGAGUCUGAACAAAAAGUCAACCAAGAAUGCUGAGCUGAAGGCACAGUUGAGAGAGGUCAGAGGUCAACUUGAGGACGAGGUCAGAAAGGUUCAGGCAAGGGAUGGAAAAAUCAAAGAGAUGGAAGAACUGGUUAGCCAGACGAAGGAUUCUGUGCAACACCUUGAGGAGGAGCGCGUCGACCUGAUUGGAAAGAUUGAAGCGGGUGCAGGGGUGGAGACAGCCAUCAGUCAACUCAAUCAAGAAAAGGAAACACUUCAAAACAAGAUAGUAAAUUUACAGCAGACGUUGGUCACCAAAACGUCAGAAUCGGAAAAAGACUUGAAUAACAUGCAUCAGCAACUUCAGCAAAUCAAAGCGGAGGUUCAAGGAUCCCAGGAUCAGUGUUCACAACUGGAUGGCCUUGUGAAAGAGAAGGAGGAAAAGCUGGCGGAAACUUUGCAGAAAUGUAGUGAUUUGGAGGCGGAAUUGAGAAUAAAGAGCGAACUCCUACUCGCCACCGAGGCAGCCAAAACCAGCCAAAGGGCCGACCUGGAGAACCAUCUAAAGACGGCUCAACAUACCAUCGAUGAGAAACACCACGAGAUUACCAAACUGAAGCAACAACUGGACGAGGUUUCCAAUGACCAUGCGUCAAAGAAGGAGGAAUGUAAAAGUUUAGAAAAUGAAUUGAAAGAACAGAAAAAGAAAUUAAACGUUCUUGAGCAGAAAUCGACACACCUUGAAACGAACAUUUCAGAAAAGGAUAACGUUAUUUCUAAACUCAACCAGUCCAAGGCGGACUUGGAAAAACAAUUGGAGGAGAAGGGAAAACAGUUAACCGAAAGUACGAGUCGGAUGCAAUCACUGGAAACGAUGGCUAACGGUAUCACUGUCAAGCUGCAGGAGUCCAAGACACAGUAUGAUAAGUUGGAGAAGGAUCUUCAUCAAAGGAUUGAGGCCUUGUCGAUUACUGAGAAGACAAAGCGAGAUGUAGAAGGGCAGCUGAAGAGUGUCGAGGUGACCUUGAAGGAGAGGGAGAUGAAUAUUCAGAACCUCAAGUCGAGUAUUGACAAGAUGCAGGCGAGCCAUGCAUCAGAGGUGAACGCCGUUCAUGAGGAGCUCAGUCAACUCCAGGACAGCAGCAGAGAGACACAUGAAAAAUUAGAGGACCAGAUUGCAUCUCUCCAAGCAGAGAAGAGUAAACUAGCUCUGGAAAAGUCAUCACUUCAGACUAGCCUUGAUGAUGGUAGCAGCGAUUUCAUUGAAAAGGAAAGCAAACUUCAACAAGAAAAGUCCGAACUGCGAACAAAUAUUGAAAAUCUUAAGAAACAACUCGCAGAGAAGGACACAAGUCUCGAGCAGCUUAGCAAAGAGUUAAAGAAGGAAAAAUCGACAUUGGAGGAGAAACUCCGCGUUGAAUCGUUGAUGAGUAUGAAGCUUGGUGAACUUGAGACGUUGAAGCAUGAUCUGAAUGAGAAAGUGGUCGGUUUGGAGAAAGAUUUGGCGACGGCUGUGACUACUUACCAAUCCAAGCUUGAAGUCAGUGUGAAGAAGGAAAAGGAACUAGAGCAAAUGCUUGAACAGAAAGAAGGCCGCCAGGUCGACAUGCAGAAAAAGAUCGAGGUGCUAGAACGGGAGGUGGCCAAGUCAUGCAAUCAGUGCCUCAACUAUGAAGAGCAACUGGUCCGUCUGCAGGAAAACUUCAGGGACACUACCGAAAGAUGCAAUCAGCUCGAAAAAAAUUUGAAGAAUUCCAACCACACGACGACGGAGCUACAGGACAAACUUGCCACAACGGAGUUAGACUUGAAAAAUUCCAUGGACAAUGAAAUCGCCUUGAAUCUGUCUCUUGAACAAAUGAGUGAGAUCAAGAAGAGUUUGGAUGGAAAGUUGAUCGAUCUUGAUGCUUCAUUGGCAUCCAUGAGACGGGAUAAGAACUCACUUGAGGAGGAAAAGGUUAUCCUUGAAGACAAGAUAGUUGAGCUAAAACGUCAGGAAUCAAACAACCAAGAUGUCAUCUUGAGUCUUAAUAAGGACCUGGAUUCGUCGAAGUCAAAUCUAGAGAAAGUUGCCUGGGACAAAGAAAAGGAAUUAUCUAGUCAAAAUGAUGCCAAGCAGCUGCUGAUAAAUCAAAAGUUGGAACUGCAGAAUUUGAUCAAGGGGCUUCAGAUACAAUCUGAUAAGCUUCGGCGAGACUUGGAUGAAUCUAAAGAAGUUGCUAACCAUGUUCAGACCAUGCUCCGGGAGGCGAACUCAAAGUUACAAGAUGAGCUGGCAGCAGAGUCCAGCCUGAAAACUUCCCUUCAGAACGAACUCGACGAGAUGCGAGCUAGAAUGAACAUGCAGAUAUCCGCCCUGAAUGAAAACCUCGGCACGAUCCGUUCGGAUCUAAACAGUGCUAAUCAAAUCCUCAAACAGAAAGAUCAACAGAUUGAUGAAACUUCAGGCCAACGGUUGGAACUGGAAGCCAAACUAGACAACAACAACGACGAGAGGCGCGUUUUAUUAGAACGGUGCUUGUCAAGUGAAACGGAAUGUGAAAAGUUACGUGAGAAGACAGCCGAGAUGAGACGGAGACUGGACGAUUCGCAGGCAGCCCUGCAAGAACUUGGGCGGGAAAACCAGUCAUUGCAGAUACAGUCGUCAAAAACAACAAAUCGCAAGUGGCUUGAUGAUAAAGACACUGCAAACUGCCUUGCCUGUGAUAAAGCUUUCUCUGUGACCGUCAGAAGGCAUCAUUGCCGUAAUUGUGGCCACAUCUACUGCAAUGAGUGCUCAUCAAGAAUGGCGCCUAUCGCAUCCUCCAAGAAACCCGUCCGCGUCUGCGAUUCCUGCUUCAUAGAACUCGGCCAGCACAGAUCAAACUCAAUCACUCUGUCCACAAAGUCAUAGCCGAUUUUUUAAUUCAGUGGAACCUCCCUUAGCGGACACCUCUCUAUUAAGGACAACCUCUUCAUGAAGGAUACUAGUUUUGAUUCCAAAUUGGUUGAUUCCAUUCAAUUUUGACCUCUCUAAUCAGGACACCUCUCUAUUAAGGACAGCACAUGUCAGUCCUGAGGGUGUCCUUAUUAGAGAGGUUCUACCGUAUUGUUUUAAAUGGGUCAGCCUCAAUAGCUUCAAACAUGUUUGAACAUGUUUAAAGGGGUACACAAUUUAUAAUGAGUGGUGGUCCAGGAAAAUAGAAAUGCAAUUUUACACAAUGCUGUAGUAUAACUACUUUAUGGUCAAAUUGAUGAUUUAUUAAUAUGAAUAAUCAAAUGAUUUAUUUAUUAGUUUUCUUGCCAAAUUAGUCAAAUAAUUCCAUUACAUGAUAGAAGCUAUGUAUUCGCAGGUGCUAUAUUAGGAGUAUGACACCACAGGGUGUAACAAAAAGUAGUCUAGAUGCUGUUAAAUUUGUCCUGUCCAUUUUAUUGUUCAAGUUUUUAUUGAGUCUCUCUACAUAACAGGUGGGGGCGCCACAAUCACCCCUGAGGCAGGUGAUCUAAACACACAAUGCAUCCAUCCCUCUAUCAGAGUGGUCUAAAAUUGACCAAAAAAAGGAGUCAGAUUUUUUUCAGGGCAGUUGCAAAUGGCUGGUUACAUACUUUUGAGCCCAAAGAUUUGCCAGCUGUUCUACUACAUGCUGUGAAAAGAAUUAAACUUUUUUGGUACACCCUGUAUUAUGAAACUAUAAAAUCCACUUUGCAUGACUUAGUAUUGAACUGUAGGCAGUCGACCCGGUUAAUAGUUAGAUAGAUUUUUUGUGUCUCUGGACGUACAUGUAGGUCUUAUGAAGUCAUGGAAGUGGAGUACAUGUACCAGUAGUUAAUGUUUUUUUAAUUACACGUGUAGAAAAAGGAUACAUUUGGAAAGAAAGAUGACCAAGUGUAUCAUUUUUUUUGAGACACGCUGUAAUAUUUUGUGUUUCCUAAGCUGAAAAAAGUGCAAAAGUAGAAUUCGUGCAGAGUAGUCUUUUAUUUUACAAAAAAGUAUUUUACAGAUGUAUUAUGAUAUGUAUCUGGCAUUUUGUAAUUUUCUACACCACCGGAUUUGGCCUGGUAUGUGUCGUAAGGGGUUGCUCAUUUAGUGCAUACACACUGAAGGAAAAGGGGGGUUAAAUUUUAUGUCCUUUUUGCGUUCAGCUUUUUAUUUGCCAUAACAGUCACCAAGUAUGAAAGAGAGGAGGCGUUUGGGCUAGAGUUUAUAACAGUUUAUUGUUUUCCAACUAGAAGCAAAAAAAUGGACACUGUCCAUCUCCCCGUGGACCACUUCUUACCCUGGAGAGACAAACAAGACUCAGAUGGCAACAACACACUUUUAGUAGUAGUUGAUGCCAUAAAAUAAAGAAGAUGAACAGAGUGUACCCAUUGCUGGGUAGGGCUGCUGUAACUUCAGCUAUUUUUAUCAUAGGCCUAAAUAGUGCCAUCUUUGUUUCCGAAGAAUUGUGCAAAAAUUGUAAAAUGAUAUAUGGUGUCCUGUAUGUGUAAAGGAGCAUUCAUAAUAAAGUAUUUAUUUCAUAUGAA